UCCCUGUGCACACAAACAACAUCCAUUCUCUCUCUACACAACUUCAACAAAAAGUAGUGUCUUUUCUCUUAAUCUCUCUUUGUUUCAACUUUCAAUAUGGAUGACAAAAGAAGCUUAAUGAUGAACAAGAACAUUGGAGAUUUCGAGAAUAACGUGGAUGAAGAAAUGGACCUAAGAAGAGGUCCAUGGACAGUUGAGGAAGAUUUCAAGCUCAUCAAUUACAUUUCCACUCAUGGUGAAGGCCGAUGGAACUCUCUCUCUCGUUGCGCCGGACUCAAACGGACCGGAAAAAGCUGCAGACUACGGUGGUUAAACUAUCUCCGACCAGACGUCCGCCGUGGAAACAUAACCCUUGAAGAACAACUCUUAAUUCUUGAACUUCACUCCCGUUGGGGCAAUAGAUGGUCUAAGAUUGCACAAUAUUUACCAGGAAGAACAGAUAACGAGAUCAAAAACUACUGGAGAACACGUGUGCAAAAGCAUGCAAAACAACUUAAAUGCGACGUGAACAGUCAACAAUUUAAAGACACCAUGAGGUAUCUUUGGAUGCCUCGUCUCGUAGAGCGGAUCCAAGCCUCCGCUUCAACCUCCACCGGUUCUGCUACAACGUCGUCUUGCGUCACCACCCCUUCAGAUCAGUUCUUGAUGACGUCGUACGAUGCCGGACUCAAUAGCAAUAACAAUACCAACAUGGACCACUUGAGUUUCAUGAGCAACCCUAAUGGUUAUGUCACGCAGGAAACUUCAAGCGUGUCAGUAUCCCCGACGUCCGGUUUAACCGAGUAUCACAUCGGUAGUGAAGUGGAAAAGGUUGAGAACAACCAGGAUCAGAGUUUGGUGGGUCCACAAAUCAUGUCGCCGCCGGAGAAUUAUUUGGAUGUUAACUGUGGAUUAUUAAGCGAAGAUUUAACGCAGAGUUAUCAUAAUUGGUUUGAAAAUGAUAAUGGAAUGAUACCUCCUUAUUCGGACAGUGUUUGGAACAUAGGGAGUGAUGAAGACUUUUGGCUCUUAUUACAGCAACAACAGCAGCUCGUCAACAAUGGAAGCUUCUGAAUAGACAAGAAAUUAUUUCUAAACAAGAAAAUAAGAAAGAAAAGAAUAGUAAAGUGGAUUAAUCAGUGUGUAAAAGGAAUUUGUAUUUGAAAAGGAGGGUUUCUUAAAUAUUAGCAAUUUUAAAUAUAUUGGGGGUAAUUAGGAGUUUGUUAUUUUUGGGUCAAUUUGAUUGGUUUGUGUUCCUUUGGGAUUUGAUACUAUUUUUAUGCCAAUAAUUUACAAAACAAUUUGGA